UGGGUUGCGUUGUGUCGCGUGCGAGAAUGGCGCGGUUUUAUUGAGGGGCGGGCAGGGGGAGGAGCAGCCGGUGGUGGCGGCGGCGGCGGCGGCGGCGGAGGAGGAGGGAAGGGCGGUCCCGUGGCUCGGCGGCAUCUCCGGGGAGGAUGCCGGUCCAUUCCCGGGAGAAGAAGGAGAACAACCACGAUGAGAUGGAGGUGGAUUACGGGGAGAACGAGGGAAGCUCCUCGGAGGAGGAGGAGACCGAGAGCUCGUCCGUGUCCGAGGAGGGGGAUAGCUCAGAAAUGGAUGAUGAGGACUGUGAAAGAAGAAGAAUGGAAUGCUUAGAUGAAAUGUCCAAUCUUGAAAAACAAUUUACAGACCUCAAAGAUCAACUUUACAAAGAAAGAUUAAGCCAAGUGGAUGCAAAACUACAGGAGGUCAUAGCUGGAAAGGCACAAGAAUACUUGGAACCAUUGGCAGCUUUACAAGAAAACAUGCAAAUCCGAACAAAGGUGGCAGGUAUCUAUAGAGAGCUCUGUUUAGAGUCUGUAAAGAACAAAUAUGAAUGUGAAAUUCAAGCUUCUCGCCAGCACUGUGAGAGUGAGAAGCUGUUGUUGUAUGAUACUGUACAAAAUGAACUAGAAGAGAAGAUCCGAAGAUUAGAAGAAGACAGGCAUAGCAUUGAUAUUACCUCAGAGUUGUGGAAUGAUGAACUACAGUCCAGGAAAAAAAGGAAGGAUCCAUUUAGUCCAGAUAAAAAGAAACCUGUUGUCAUAUCAGGUCCCUAUAUAGUUUAUAUGUUACAGGACCUCGAUAUACUUGAAGAUUGGACAACAAUAAGGAAGGCAAUGGCUACGCUGGGGCCACACAGAGUAAAGCCGGAACCACCUGUCAAAUUAGAAAAGCAUCUGCACAGUGCUAGGUCUGAAGAAGGAAGACUAUAUUAUGAUGGAGAGUGGUAUGGACGUGGACAGACAAUAUGUAUUGAUAAGAAAGAUGAGUGCCCUACAAGGAAGCCCACUUCAGAUUGGUGGAUUGAUAAGAUUUUCUCAAUGGUGCCAUAAUUACAACAAUUAACCAUGAUGAAGUGUGGUUUAAGAGGCCUGAUGGAAGUAAAUCCAAACUGUAUAUUUCUCAGUUACAAAAAGGAAAGUAUUCAAUAAAACAUAACCACAAUUGACCAUUACUAAUCAGAUGUGUAACAAGUGGUGUUACUAUGCUUGAUGUGCCAUGAGGUGAAAGAUGUAUUUAAUAAUGUUUUGUAUUCUCAUUAAAUUUAUGGCAGUAUCUGAUGUAUUUGUAGUACUGUAGGUAAACUUCAUGUGGAAUUCCUUGAAUAGGUGAUGACUCUUAAUCAUGUUGACCAAGACAUUUUACCUCUAAGCUGGGUCUAGUGCCUAAGAUAUGAAGUAUGCCUUCACAGAUAAUGGCUGAACUUCUGAUUUAAAAAUAUUUGUAAAAUGCAAAACAUUUGCUUUUAUUAUUGGUGACUAGAUUGUGUGGUAAUUGUGCAAUUAUUUUUACCAGUAGUUCACUCCAUAUAUUAAGUGAAUUGUCAUGUUUAUCUUGGAAGUGUAAGUUAGUCUGCACAAAUGUUGCUUCUGAAUAGUCUAAUGACUUAAGUAUUCUUUUAUCCAAAGUGAACAGAUUUUUUAAACUUGGGACCCUGGACAGCUCUGACUUUUAUAAGGUUUAUCAUGCCACUUGUAACAAAACAAAGCCAACAUUAAGAAAUUUUUGAGGAGCACUUUCUGGUAUCCCAUAAUACAUUUAAAAUGUUGGUGGCUUUCUUUUCUAGGUUAUGCAAGAACAUCAUUAGCAAAGCCAAUGUAAAAUUAGGUACACUACAGGUAGAGGCAGUACUAUGUGGCCCAGAGAGGGUAUGAGUGCCUGGCAAUAGUACGAUGUAAAUGGUAAAUAACUGAAAGUAUUAUAUUGCAUGCUGUACUUGUAUGAUCUAUAGUCUUAUGAAACAAAUAUUCUAAAAAUACUUUGUCAAAAGUAAAAUGUACUCUCAGAAAUGGUAUAUCUGGGACAAAUUAACAGUGACCUACUUACCAUAUGACAUCUUUCCAAAUUUCCCAUAUUUUACUCUCUUCUUAACGGAAUUGUUUCAUGCAGUUUAAAGAAAGUUAAGCUUGCAUAUUUCAAGACAUCAGAGGCAGAGUCUGAAAUCCUUACUGUUAUAGUACGUGUUUGGAGCAUGUAGAAUAACAGGUGGGAUUGGAGAAAAGUAAGUUUUUCCUGGUAGUUGUGUGCACUUUAUUGUCCAUUAUGAUGACACUUCUUGGAGCAAGGAAAACGUGCAUUUGCUUAAAUUGAUCCUGGCAAUGCAAAACUCUUUUGCCCUACAUAAUACUUAACUGCUUUACCUCUGAAAUGUCAUUGCUGGUGCAGGAUGGUAACGACUUGACAGUUGCAAAAAGUCUAAAAUAUUGGACCUUUACAGUGAUAGAAAAGCAUUGCUCAGGAUAAAUUGCAUGUCACAUUAACAUUAGCCCAUUGUACAUAAAAUAACAAUUGAUGUGUUGGCUUUUGACAGUACUUACUGUAUGUACACAGUUUGAUAAAAAAUUUGUAAUAAAAUAUUUGUAUUUUUUAACAGUGUAUAAAUGAUCUGUGAUAGUGGACACUGUACAGUUGUGUUACCCUUUUUAUUUUUCCUUGAGAGUUGCAGAUGUUUAAUUCUAAAGAGAGCUAAAAAUAUUGUAGUUUUUAAUGUUUGUUUGUCUUCCACAGAACCUAAAAGUGAAUACAGAUAUUUUACUGGAAAAUCACUUUUUUAAACCCAAUAUCUUUGCAAUAAACUAAAAUGUAGAAGUCCAUAUUCCAGUAUAUGUAUGGACUGACGUAACAGAGAUGUAAUACAAGUCUCUGUCUUUCUGGCUUCUUUACCCCAGGUCUUUAUAAUAUGUGAAAGCUUAAACCCUACAGAAGUAGAAGUCAUACACAUGUACUAAACAAGGUUUGUUUAGAAAACUGUAGAAAUAUACAGUUAAUUUGAAAGUUAACACUUUUUUCAAAAUCUUUGAAGAAGGAACUGCACAAGUUACUCACAAAUGCUAUCUAAGUGUGUGUACAUGUGCAACUUUAAUUUAGGUGGGGAAGUGAAUUUGGGCAUUACUGUAAUAUGGACACUAUGCAUUACUCAAGCAUUUUUAACAGCUGGCCACAGUAACAUUAAUAUACACUUUUGCCUGCAAGAGAGGGGAAUGAGUGGAAAGCAAACUUAAGCAUUGUGGAAAAUAAUUCAGUCUAGAAUAGGUGUGCAGGGGAAUGUUAGUUUAUAUUGGGCAUGUAUCUUCAGAGUAUAGUCUUUGUACACAAGCUCAGUAUUUGCUGCUUUGUCUCCAUGCUAUCCCUUGUUACUGAUACCAAGCCAGUGUUACACUCUUCAGACCUGCUCUACACUAACAAAUGUGAUUGUCAACUACCCCUGUUCAGACACUAUAUAGACAAGUAAAGGCUUGCUUAGCAUUUGUAACUAAACAGUCUUCAGCCGCAGUUCAGAUAGCACAAUUGCUGCCCUUAAAUUUUGUAGUGUAGAGCAAGCAUGAGCCCUGGGUAUAAAAGUAAUGCCUGUCUGCAACUGAUAUGAAUGGGACAGAAUUGAGUUUGGGGGCUGGGGAGGAAAUUAGAAGUCCAUAUUGAAAGAGUGUUUUUUAAAAGCACAUUGCUUACUUUUUGACUUGCCUGAUUUACUCAAUAAAUCAUUUAAAGGGUAUGUCUUCACUGUAGCUGGGAGGUGAGAUUCCCAGCACAAGUAAACAGACUCUGCUUGAGCUAGCAUGCAUAAAAAAUAGCAAUGCGGAUGUUAUGGCAUGGGCGGCGACACAGACUAUCUAUCUACAUUCAAACCCAGGGAGUUGGCCAGGUUUGGGGAUGGGUGACUAGCCCAAAUUGCCAUCUGUGCAGCAUAGUCCAUACUGCUAUUUUUAGUGCGCCACCUCAAGCAAUACUAGCAUGAAGCUUUCUACUCGUGCUGGCAGUCACACCUCCCAGCUGCAGUGUAGACAGACUAAGCAACUCUUUUUUUUUUUUUUUUUGAUUUUUCCUGGCAAGUAAGAGGCUAAGACCGAUUCUGAACUUUUGCAUUAGAUACAAGUUAACUACUUUUUUUUAAUUUGGAUUUUUUAAAAUUGGCAUUCCAAGUCCAGUGCUUUUCCCAUUAAUUUCAAUGCAGAAUUACUUUAUAUUCUCUCAAAAUUAUUUUACUCCUGCAUGUUCAGCAGAAAAGAGACACGUCCAUGGAGUAAACAUGGAUAAUGGUUGCCAGAGAAAAGCUGAAACUUCAAGAGGAAUUGAUUUGUUUUGGUAGUGCUCCCUAUUUAUUAGUGAUCAGGAAAAAGGAGGGCGCUGUACUGUGACAAAAUUUGUAGACUCAAUUACUUAGUCAAAUGAAGAGAACAUCCAGAACUUUAUAUGGACUUGACUAAGCUGCAUAAAAGGGGUGUGGGGGGGGUCUAUGAUAGACCACCCAAAUCAGAAAGAGGAGAUGGAUGAGGCAUUUUUAGAACAAAUAACAAAUAUCCAAAACACAAGAGCUGGUAGUAAUGGGGGACUUUACCUCUCCAGACAGCCAUUAGAAAAAUAAUCUAACAAAACAUAAUAUCUUCAAAUGUACUGGGGACAACUUUGUUUCAGAAAGUUGAGGAAAUAACCUGGAGAGAGCCAUUUUAAAUUUGACUCUGAUCAACGGAGCGGAAUAAGUUGCCAAUCUGAAGGCAGAAGGCAAUUUGAGUGAAAUUGAUCAUGAAAUGACAGGUUUCAUGAUUCUAAAGAAAGGAAGGAGUGAGAGCAGCAGAAUAAGGACAGUGUACUUCAAAACAGACUUUAACAAACUCAGAGCGGCUAGGUAAGGUCCCUGGGAAGAAAAUCUAAGGGGUAAAGUAGUACAGGAAAGCUGGCAGUUUCUCAAGGAGACCAUAUUAAAGGCAUAAUUGCCAACUAUUCUAAUGUAAGGGAAAGAUAGGAAGAGGCCAGUAUUUGAAAAUCAAAAAGGAAUCCUACAAAAAGUGGAAACAUGGAUGAACUGCUGAGGAAUACAAAAGAAUAUUACAACCAUGUAGGGACAAAAUGAGAAAGGAUAAAGCAUAAAAUGUGAUGCACUUAGCAAGGGACAUAAAAGACAAUCAGAGGUUCUUUAAAUACAUUAGGAGCAACAGAAAGAUGAAGAAAAGUGUAGGCCCUCUACUUAAUGGGGAAGGAGAGCUAAUAGCAAAUGCCAAGAAGGCUGAGGUGUUUAAUCCCUAUUUUGCUUCAGUUUUUGCUAACAAGGUUAAUGGUGACCAGAUACUCAACACAAUUAGAGGUUAAAGAAUAUUUAGAUAAACUAGAUGUAUUCAAGCUGGCAAGGCCUGAUGAAAUUCAUCCUACGAUACUUAAGGAAUUAUAUGACUCAACUUUGGAACAUUUAGCAGUUCUUUGAGAACUGAUGGGGAAUGGGUGAGUUCCCAGAGGAUGAGAGAAAGGUACUAUGGUUUUCCUAUCCUUAAAAAGGGGGACAAACAGGACCUGGGGAACAUAAGAUCAGUCAGCCUAACUUUGAUACCUGGAGAUACUGGAAUGAAUUAUUAAUCAAUCUAGAGGAUUAAAGUGUUAUAAGGAAUAGCCAACAUGAUUUUGUCAAGAAUAAAUCAUGCCAAACCAACCUAACUUGCUUCUUUGACAGUGUUACUGUCCUAGAGGAUAAGGGGAAGCAGUAGUCAUGAUAUCUUGAGUUUAGUAAGGCUUUUGAUGCAAUCCCACAUGACAUUGUCAUAAGCAAACUAGGGAAAUGGGGUCUAGAUGAAAUUACUAUAAAAUGAGUGCACAGCUGGUUGAAACACUAUAUUGAAAGAAUAAUUGUGAUACUGGCAGACCAGGUGCCAGCUCUUGCCAAGGCUUUAGGCCUCAGCUGAGCACUGACAGAUUCACGGCUGGAAACCACUCUUUCACCUGUGUUGAUAUAGUUAAGAUGGGUCUUUUAACUUAUUAACAAUGUGUUUAGUCUUUAUGAAAUGCUUGUAAGUUGCUGCUUACAUUAAUUUCACUUAUAACAUCUUUAGCACAUGCUAUAAGGCAAUAUAAUUUUUUGCUUUAUAACUGUAAAAAAAAAUAACUAAAAAAUGUUUGCUCUGAAACAGUGAACCCAGUCAGGAGGAAUUCUCUUCUAAACAUCAAGGUGGCCUGUCAAAAGUAAAUGGGCCACUGUGGGACAUCACUAUACAAAGACUUUAUUUGCCCUUUCACACCCAUAAAGAGGCUACAUGCAAAAGGGCUCGUCCCAUCAGCUUGAAUUCUAGAAGAAGGAAAUUAAAAAUAGCUGACAUUUUUUCAUCUCUUUUGCUAUUUAGAGUCUUUCAGGUCCACAGCCG